GCCUCGGCCCUCUGCUCGUCCUCCCGUCCCCGCACCGGCCUUCACUCUGGAGCGGCCCCGGCAGCCGCAGCAGGGGCGGCGGCGGCGGAUCGAGGAGCUCUCCAGGACGUCCCGGGAGCGGCUGCUGCAGUCCCGGGACAGGAUGUUCUCUAAGUUCACCUCCAUCCUGCAGCACGCCGUGGAGGCGCUUGCACCGUCUCUUCCUUUACAAGAAGAUUUUGUUUACCACUGGAAGGCGAUUACCCAUUACUACAUAGAGACUUCGGAUGAUAAAGCUCCAGUGACAGAUACAAACAUUCCAUCUCAUCUGGAGCAGAUGUUAGACAUACUGGUACAAGAAGAAAAUGAACGGGAAUCUGGAGAGACGGGGCCAUGUAUGGAAUAUUUGCUUCAUCACAAGAUCCUGGAAACACUGUACACCUUAGGGAAAGCUGACUGUCCUCCAGGAAUGAAACAGCAGGUUUUGGUAUUCUACACUAAACUUCUGGGAAGAAUCCGGCAGCCACUACUUCCACACAUUAAUGUGCAUAGACCGGUGCAGAAAUUAAUUAGACUUUGUGGUGAAGUUCUUGCAACUCCGACAGAAAAUGAAGAAAUUCAGUUCCUUUGUAUUGUGUGUGCAAAGCUGAAACAAGAUCCCUACUUGGUUAAUUUUUUUCUUGAGAAUAAGCUAAAGUCAUUGGCUUCCAAAGGGACACCAGAUGGGACUUCAGAAGACUUGUUAAAAGGUCAAGGUGCCUUGUCAACAGAUACAGGACAGUCCAGUCAGCCAGAGGAACUAUCUGGUGCUACAGGAAUGGAACAAACAGAGUUAGAAAAUGAACCUUCUCAUCCGAUGGACAGUCUGUCCACCAGCUUGAAUAAUCUCCAUGUCACUUCACUGCCAGAGGCCACAGUGGUUCGUCCAAACCAGGACUACAACUUAGUGAAUUCCUUGUUAAAUCUUACUAGAAGUCCUGAUGGCCGGAUAGCUGUGAAAGCCUGCGAGGGCUUGAUGCUCUUAGUGAGUUUGCCAGAGCCUGCGGCUGCAAAGUGCCUUACACAGAGCACUUGCUUGUGUGAACUGCUGACAGACAGGCUGGCUUCCCUGUACAGGGCCCUACCUCAGUCCGUGGAUCCGUUAGAUAUUGAAACAGUGGAAGCAAUUAAUUGGGGCUUAGACUCCUAUAGUCAUAAAGAAGAUGCUUCAGCAUUUCCAGGAAAACGAGCCUUAAUUUCAUUUCUUUCCUGGUUUGAUUAUUGUGAUCAGCUCAUUAAAGAAGCACAAAAGACUGCUGCUGUUGCUCUGGCCAAAGCUGUCCAUGAAAGGUUUUUCAUUGGUGUCAUGGAGCCCCAGUUAAUGCAAACUUCUGAGAUAGGCAUUCUGACAUCAACUGCUCUGCUUCAUCGCAUCGUCCGGCAAGUCACCUCUGAUGUUUUGCUUCAAGAAAUGGUGUUUUUUAUCCUUGGAGAACAGAGGGGACCAGAAACUCUGGCAGAAAUUAGUAGACAUCCUUUAAGACAUAGAUUAAUUGAGCACUGUGAUCACAUAUCCGACGAGAUAAGCAUCAUGACAUUAAGAAUGUUUGAACAUCUUUUACAAAAACCCAAUGAGCACAUUCUUUACAACUUGGUCUUAAGAAAUCUUGAAGAAAGAAAUUAUACAGAAUAUAAGCCUUUGUGCCCAGAAGAUAAAGAUGUGGUGGAGAAUGGAUUGAUCGCAGGAGCGGUAGAUCUGGAAGAGGAUCCGUUGUUCACUGACAUUGCAGCAGAUAGCACUUUGUCAAAUCAGGAGUGGCUUAGCUCUUCGCCUCCUGCUACUCCAGACCACCCCAAAACGGACGGGAAGACUGAAGUCCAUAAAAUUGUCAAUAGUUUUCUCUGUCUGGUACCGGAUGAAGCAAAGUCAUCCUACCAUGUUGAGGGCACCGGAUAUGACACCUACCUCCGAGAUGCUCACAGGCAGGUGAGCGAAGUAACUACUUUGUUGAAAUUAAAUUUAAUGAGAAUGGGUACACACCUUCAUACCUUGUCACAUUCUUUCCGGGACUACUGUGCUAUCUGCGUAAGAUGGGAAUGGCCGGGAUCUCCAAAAGCAUUGGAUAAGUGCAACUUAGAAGCAGCUUUCUUUGAAGGUCAUUUUUUGAAAGUUCUAUUUGACAGAAUGGGAAGAAUUCUUGAUCAGCCGUAUGACGUAAAUUUACAAGUAACCUCGGUGUUAUCUAGACUUUCUCUCUUCCCUCAUCCACACAUACACGAGUACCUUUUGGAUCCUUACGUGAACCUCGCUUCUGGCUGUAGAUCUCUGUUCUCUGUAAUCGUCAGGGUUGUUGGAGACCUUAUGGUUCGAAUCCAGCGUAUUCAAGACUUUACUCCCAAACUUCUGUUGGUCAGAAAGCGAUUACUUGGUCUGGAACCUGAAGGUCCUAUUGUUGACCACAUCACAUUGCUGGAGGGCGUGAUCGUGUUAGAAGAGUUUUGCAAGGAGCUGGCGGCAAUUGCAUUUGUAAAGUACCAUGCCUCCUCCGCACCAUAGGUAGCGUCUUUCAAGUAACCAGAGGGACAGAACUAUUGUGCCCAUUUCGUCAAAAAAGACUCCGUUCCAUCCAGGCAAGAGAAGAUAAAAAGCCUUUUUAAAUGAAGCAUUGCUGUAAACUGGACAGAACCAUUAAGAACCUACUGAAUGGACAUUCUCGGUAAAAUGUUCUACAGUGUUUUCAUUGGCUUUGUCAUAAUGGUUCAUUAUAUAAAAUUGCACGUCCUUGAAUCUAGGAUACAAUCAAAGGAACUUCAGGAAAUAAGCAUUUCUAAUGACUGUGUGAAAAGCUGCAAAAUUUCUGAUGUCAUGACUUUGAUAUUUCUGUUAUUUUAAUAUCCUGUUAGGUAGCAAGGCAUUUUGACAUUCUCUGGGACUCAAAUGCUUACAUUCUUUGGAUUAAUGAGUAGCAAAAAAAAAAAAUCGCUAAUUUUAUAACUUUUUAAGGUCAGAAUUCUUAUUAAACAAAAUAUGAAAAAAAAUUGUAAAUUAGAAAAAGGUACAACUUAGGAACCUUCAAAUGAAAUGAGUUGAUUUAUAGGAGUUGAUAACCCAGGACAAAAAUGUGUAGAGCACCAUUAACUUACUUCAGCUUUUCUAAGAAUAACAAUUUAAUAUGGUAAAGAAGUUCUAGAUUCAUAUAUGUAUUUUUAAAAAAACGUUCUUUUACUCUUUUGUGCAUAUAGCCAUGUUAGUGAUUAUUUUCAUGUGUGGGUCCCAGCUUAUUUAAACUGUGUCAUUUUUGCAACAACGUUGAAUUUAUGCUCGUCAUCAAUAGUGUUUGCUAAAAUAGUAUUUUUUUUUUUUAAGCUAAUUAACAUGUAUUGGGUUGAGAACCUUUUUUUCCCUCUCUCUGUCUGAAAAUUGCUUUAUAAUUUGAUUUUCUUAGUGAAACCCAUGGUAAUGUCUAGGCAGGGAACUGACUGAUAACGGGCUGCAGUCGAAAUGCCAAUGGCCUUCUGAUGUUUACAUUUUUUUUUUUUUUUUAAUUUUGUUCAGUCGUUUGUUUUAAAUGAUUCUAAAAGUGAAAAACACAAGUCUUUUAAAUGUCCGGUUGACAUGUUAAAGGAUUUUGGUAAAUUGGGUAUGUAUGUGAAUGGAUAUAUAUGUAGGAAUGUGGGGUAGUUUAACAAAGCUGUGCUGUGCACAGCAUGCUUGAACUUGAUUCACAAAAUGGUGGUUGCUAGAUCGUUGUUUAUUCUUUAUUUAAGUGAUGCUUAUCACUCAAAUGUUGCUUUUAAGCUUUUUUUUUUUUUUUAAGUUGAAAUAUUAAGCAGCAGCACUUUCCCCCUUAUCUUUCCAUUUACUGGUAACUGGGGGAGCAGAAUAUCAAACUUUCCAUCUUGGAAGGAACUGUCACUGCCCCUUCUGAGAACUUGCUCUCUGUAGCGUGUUUGCAUACAUACAUCAUGUGGCAUGUGCAUAGGAGCAUGGCUUAUACCUGUCUGCUAAUUUUGAAAUAUUUGUUUUUCUGAUUUAUUUUAUAGUUUUUGCUUUUUAUUAAGAACAAAAUAUCAAAAGAUUAGGAAUAUUCUCAGCUCUAGAAUGCUUACCACUAUUUAAACAACAAAAAGACUAAAUUUUUAUUUUAACGCAAAUCUUUGUUAGCACACUAUAAGAAACUUAUUAAGCAAGACAAUGAAAAACAAAAGUGGGAGAUGGUUACUUUGUGCAUGAUUUUCUUUAGAUGAUUUUAAUGGUGGGAAAGCAUUAUUCGGUUUGCUGUGUUUAUUGAUCGGUUCAUACAAGGAACACGGCAGCAUCUCCGUUUUCAGGUGUGCUUGUCUCCUCUGAUAUGAUGUAUCUACAAUAACGCAUUAAGAGAUGUUAGAUAUUUCUUAAUGUUUUCACAUAGUGCUCACUAGGUGUGAUAGCAAUGAUGUGACCUCUCAAGCCAAAAAUACAUUUUAUCCUUGAUUUCACAGUGGAACCUUGUAGCUAAUCCAUAAACCAAGCCCAGAAAAGCUUUAACCCUUGUAUUUUUUGAGUGUAUGCUGCUUCUGAAAACAUAAUUGUCCUAAGUUAUUGUAAUGAUUUUGCUCUUUAAUUAGCUAAAGUUUUUUUUUUUUUUUUUUAAAUUUCUCUUAUAAAAAGAGUUUCUUAUGGCUUUUUUUUUUUUUUCUUUUCCUCUUUAGUUCAGACCUAGAACCAGUACAGGUUCUCACAGUGAAUUGGAUUUGUUAGUGAAAUGUUAGACUACAUCACUAGUCUUUUUCUCACUAUCUCUGGGAAGCUGAAUAUUUCCAUCACUCAGUGCUUGUAAAGCCGUGUUGGGUGGAAAGUACCACCUCAACAAGUGAUCAGUAUAACAAGUUCCAGAGGGAGCUCAGCUUUUCUUCACAUUUGUAUAAAUAGGGAUGCAUUUUUUUUUUUUUUUUUUGGUCUUUUAACAGUCUUUGAGCCACAUUCUCUACUUGAUAGAACUCAGAUUUGUCCUUAGCCAAUUAUCAUUGUAGUACUCACGUCAUAACUGUGUAAUAUUCUCACAAUGUACCUGUCUGUGCAAUAUGGAAGCUAUGAGUGGAUUCAUAGCUUUUUUUUGUACAUUAUUGUGUAUGUAUAUAUAUGUACAUAUAUAUAUAUAAAAAAGGACCAAAAUCCUUAGCUUGCUUACACUGUUGCUAGUGUAAAGAUUGUUACACUUAAUUUUACAGGGCACAAAUUAUAGAAUUACUUCAUAAAUUCAUGGCAACAUAUUUCCAUAAAUUAUUGCAUUACUUUAUAGCUAUCAUUUGAUUAUGACAUUCAUAGGUAAUGAAGUUACAGUGAAGUACCAAAACCACAAAUUAUAUGGUAAUUAUAUUUUGGGUCGUAGAAUAAAUCAAACUGCAUGUCACUUUGACACUCAGUGUUCAAACAUGAUAGAUAAUCAUAUUUCUGGGCCCUGUAAAAUAGUGUUACUGUAAUACUCUGUUUUGCCUCCUGCCUUGUUUACAUUAAACAGAGGAUAUUUGGUAGAUUUUUCUAUUGAACAUUGUGUAGGUUACUGACAGUGUUACCAAGGUCUGGCAUUCUUGGGCCAUCAUGAAGAAACUUCAGAUGGUGAUUGAGUACCUACUCUCACUUCUUCAAAGGAGGUUGUGAUAUAAGUUCAAUUUUUUGUGCUAACAAUGCAUGCAGGACUAAGAGGGAUAAUCUAAGAAUAAAUAAUGUUAAUUUAAACUAAA